UGCAGCUCGGGCCAUCGUAGAGUGAUUGCUUUGAACAUUUCAAACAUGGGUCUUAGUGGAACCUUACCUCCCCAGUUGGGAAACCUGUCAUUUCUCGUUUCUCUUGACAUGCGUAGGAACAAUUUCCAUGGAGAACUGCCACCAGAACUUGCUCAAUUGAAUCGAUUAAAAGUACUGAAUUUGGGCGUCAACAACCUCAAUGGAUUGCUUCCUAACUGGUUUGGAUCAUUUCAAGGACUGGAAUUUCUCCCUCUCAGAAACAACAGCUUCACCGGUCUUAUGCCGCCUUCCAUCUCCAACAUGUCAAGGCUAGCAAUUUUAAUCCUUGUUAACAACUCUCUUGAAGGCAAAAUCCCGGAAGAGAUCUUCAACAUUUCCUCACUGGAAAUGAUUUCCUUGGGAGUUAACAGCUUGUCUGGAAGUCUUCCGGAUUACAUGUGUUUUCAUCUUCCGAGACUGAGAUUCAUUGGCCUAUCAAUGAAUAAAUUCAGUGGUCAAAUACCAUCAAGUUUAGCUCAAUGUUCAGAACUUCAGGCUCUGUCUUUUUCCUUCAACAAAUUCACUGGAAAUACACCAAAAGAAAUAGGGAACCUGAAGAAGCUUGAGGUGAUAUAUUUCGCCAUGAACAGUUUAACAGGUGAAAUUCCAAAAGAGCUUGCAAAUUUGACCAUGCUCAAGUUCUUAGACUUAUCUGAUAACAACAUAACAGGCGAAAUACCAAGAGAGAUCAGCAACUUACACAAUCUGGAAAAACUCAACUUGGGGUGGAAUACCAUGAGUGGUUCCAUACCAGUGGAGAUCUUCAACCUCUCCAGGCUAAAAUUGAUGUCGCUUGCAGGAAAUAAACUUUCAGGCAUUCUUCCUUCAACAGUGUUUUAUGGGCUUCCCAAUUUAGAAGAACUUUAUUUGAACGAUAAUAACUUUGUUGGAGAUAUUCCCGAGUCCAUCUCAAAUUCUUCUAGACUUUAUUUCAUAAUAUUGUCUGACAAUAAAUUCACAGGGCCGAUUCCCAUUUCCAUUGGUAAUCUAAGGCUCCUUCAAGUGCUGGACUUAACUAGCAACAAUUUAGUCUGUGACUCUUCCUACGGGCCGAUUCCCAUUUCCAUUGGUAAUCUAAGGCUCCUUCAAGUGCUGGACUUAACUAGCAACAAUUUAGUCUGUGACUCUUCCUACCCAGAGUUGAGCUUCAUCUCUUCCUUAGCAAACUCCAAGAACUUGAGAAAAUUAAGUGUGAGUAACAAUCCACUAAAUGGUAUUCUUCCAGAUUCUGUUGGGAACCUUUCUACCUCACUACAAACAAUGUAUGCCUACGGUUGUGGACUCAGGGACUGCAUUCCUGAUAGAAUUGGGAAUUUGAGCAAUUUGAUUAUCUUAAGUCUAUACAAUAAUCAGUUGACUGGAUCAUUGCCCAUUACGGUAACAGGUUUGCUAAAGCUUCAAGCAAUAAUGCUUCACAUCAACAAACUAAGCCAAGUCAGCCUAGAAUAUUUCUGCUAUUUCAACAAUUUGGGUGUUAUAUCUCUCAGCUUCAAUCAAAUUGUGGGAUCAAUUCCAGAGUGCAUAGGAAAUGUUACUUCGCUGAGAUAUCUUUACCUAGCUUCCAAUAAAUUCAACUUUGCACCUAAAACCUUGUGGAACCUUAAAGAUCUUUUAGUGCUCGACCUCUCCUCCGAUUCAUUAACUGGCCCUCUACCUCUUGACGUUGCAAACUUGAAAAUUGCAACAGCCAUAGACAUGUCAAUAAAUCACUUCUCAGGUGGCAUUCCUACCACAAUUGGAGAUAUGCAGAACCUGCAUCAACUUUCCUUAGCCCACACCAACUGCAAGGUUCCAUUCCAGAGUCAAUUGGUAGUAUGUUAA